GUAGAAUUUGAAUCUCGUUUUUAUCACGUUGGUAGUCAUUAGCAACUGUCAGACUGUCACCGCUUAUUGUUGUCCAACUGUCAUUUCGAUUUCUCUUGUUACAAUUUUGAGAAAUGAGCGAUCAAGAUCAAGAGUCAGAGACUCCCCCCGAGAUGAGCCCCCACGAUGUGGAGAAAAUGGAAGAGGCGAAGCUCAAAGCCAAGUACGGGGGGUCGUCAGGCGCCCCCAACCGACUCAUGGGGGGCCAUUCGGCCUUCCUGCAGAAGCGCCUGGCCAAAGGGCAGAAGUUUUUCGAUUCGGGCGAUUACCAAAUGGCCAAGCAGAAGCUAGGCGGUGUCAAUAAGGUCAAGACUGUCCCUGUGCCAGGAUUCACCACUGGCGAGGCAAUCCCUACACCUGAGACCGUACCCGCGAGAAAAACGUCCAUCAUACAGCCGUCAAAAUUCACAUCGAAUGUCAGCUAGUUUUUUUAAGUAGCGUUUAAGUGUAGUUGUUGGUUCCUUACUAAUUUAUUUUGUUUAUUCCACCACUUUUUACUAAAUGGAUACAGAUAUUGGCAUUUUUCAAGUACUCAAUAAAAUUUUCUUUCCAAUGUU